AGCUGUCGUUGGAGACCAUCCGCCACAGGAGACAAAUAAGAAUUACUCAACUUAGAAUUUGUUAUUAAUUCCUAUCACCUGAGAUCCUUGAUGAAGGAAACUGUUAGUUUAUGUACUAAAAGGACAGCCCAGAUUAAAAUUUUGACAUGAUGGAUGGCAAAGGACAUUGGUAAUGCCAAUGCUUUCCUGCCAUUUUUAAGAAAUGCUCACCAUGUAUGCCAUCUGUAGACAAUUUCUAUUCUGUUUUUCAGUUACUAAAAAACUAUUAUAAGUGGAGAGCAGAAUGCCCAGAAAUAAGUGCAGAUCUCCACCCCAGAAGUAUUCUUGGCCUCCUGCGGGCUGGCUACCUCGGAGUCCUGAGAGGCAGAGACCCCACCGGCAGCAAAGUUCUCAUUUACAGAAUCGCACACUGGGACCCAAAAGUUUUUACAGUGUAUGAUGUGUUCCGUGUAAGUCUAAUCGCAUCUGAGCUUAUUGUACAGGAGGUAGAGACCCAGCGGAAUGGAAUCAAGACUCUCUUUGAUCUGAAAGGCUGGCAGUUUUCUCACGCUUUCCAGAUCACCCCGUCUGUAGCCAAGAAGAUUGCCUCUGUUCUCACAGAUUCCUUUCCAUUAAAAGUUCGUGGUAUCCAUUUGAUAAAUGAGCCAAUAAUUUUUCAUACUGUCUUUUCCAUGAUUAAAUCAUUCCUGACCGAAAAAAUUAAGGAUCGGAUUCAUAUGCAUGGGACCAAUUACAAACAAAGCUUACUUCAGCAUUUCCCAGACAUCCUUCCUGUGGAAUAUGGGGGUGCAGAAGUCUCCAUGGAGGACAUUUGUCAAGAGUGGACAAAUUUUACAAUGAAGUCUGAAAAUUAUCUCAGCAGUAUUUCACACACCGUUCAAUGAGAAGUUAUUUAACGUGAAUGCCGUCCUAAUUAAAAAUACAUGGGUGAGGUCCUACCUGGUUACAUGAAUGAAAGAAAAAUUUUUUAACUAAUUAAUGCUCUGAUUGACUUUUGUAAAAAUCUGCUGACAUGAGCAACAUGAGUAUUUAGGAAACUACUUUUUAAAUGCACUUUCUUUACAUUUGAAGUAAUUAAAUGUUAACAUACUGUACUUCAAAGCAUAGAAGAGGUUUUCUGAGUUUUACACUUGAAAGUUAUCUCUAAAGUAGCUAUUCACGUGUGCCUUUGGAUGUUUCCGAAAAGUUUCAUUUUAAACAAGUUGUCUGAGUACAUUUGUUUACAAACAAAUGUAUAACUAGUACACUGAAAAGAAUUAUUAGCACAAAUCAACUGAUGAUAAAAAUCUAUUAAUACUCAUUUUGGGUGUGGGUCAGAUUAGAUUAUAAUUCAGAUUAAAAUCUGAAUAUAGUUUUACUAUAUUUACUUUUCUGUGGGUCAGCAAGAUGGUCCAUCUCAGGGAAAUUCUAUAUUUGCACAAGAGAAACUCUUAAUUGAAGAGUCUGUAUGUCAUGAAUUAUUGUAUGUAGCAUCUAUAGGCCUCAAUGAAAUAACUCACAUGGAUACAAUUGAUAACCAAAAAUAAUUUCGAAAGUAUUUCAGGCAGAAUUAAUGACUUCUUAAUACUGUGUCUGCUUUUUCAAAGAAAUCGAGAUUGUAAUUUUGACUUCUGUUUUUAAGAUAUUUAGAGAUAUGGUAAUAGUUGUUGUACACAUGGGCUGUGUUUUUAAUGGAGCAACCUCACAACCACAAAAGGAAACGCAUAUGUUUACAUUUUUAAAAUCAGUCAGAUAUACAUCUGGAACUUUUCAGAUUAUGCCUGAAAUAAUUUGAGUUUUAUUUUUAUUUCAGAAUAUUCUAGCCAAAGCCGACAAUUCAGAUUUACUUUUAAAAAAUCAGUAGUUAAAAAGUGCUGUUUGUACUGUAGCUUAUGAUAAAGAAUAUUUCAUUUAUUGAGGAAGAUAUAAAGGUAUGACUUUCAAUUGAUGCCAGUGUUUAUAGUGUUUUAUAAUUUUUAAGUUUUAUUUUAAAUUUGAAAAUGAAAGAACACAAUGUGCAAAAUUUGUUGGACAGUUGUUCGCUUAGUUGGGUUUCAACAUAAAUCAUACAAUGGUAUCUUUGUUGAAAGAGUAUGUGAAGGCUGUUUUUCUUUAUAAGAAAAUUAUUCUAAUCAGGUGAGCUGAUACUUGUGAUUCUCUGUACAUAUAUCUGUGAUAAAAUUGGGAACGAUUGUGAAUGUUCUUUAGAGAACGUGCUUUAUUUUGAUUUAGCAUUGGGAAGCUAAUUUUACAUUAUAAUUUUUAUAUAAAAAAUUAGAUGGUGCCUGUUUUCUGAAAAAAAGUCAUCUUUACUAAUCACACAAUUUAAAACUGUAUAAUUAAAAAUAACAGUAUACAACCAUUUAAAAGGAAUAAACAAUAACAACAAGAAGCUCUGGUUUAUCCAACUUUUAUACCUAGAAGGGGGUUUACAUAACAAAGUUUCUUAUUUACAUGUGGGUACUUAAAAUCGUUCCACGAGGCUCUGUGAAGGAGUGAUUACAGUAGCACAUGAAUAACGGAUAACAUUUAAAAAUGUCUUUUAAAUGUGGUUUAUUAGUGAUGUUAUUAACAGCAAAUAGAAAUAAAAUGUCAAUCAAUAGGAGGACAUUUCAUGAUGGGACUUUGAAAUUUUUAUAAAAUGCAGCAAUUCACUGAAGAACAUUAGAACAAUGUGAAGUGAGCAGGCAAUUUUGUAAGGUGGCAACGUAACUAGCUAUCGAAUUGUGUCUAUUACCUAACUGUAAUUGCACCAGAAGUGCCUUUUAAAGAUGAUCUCUAACACGUGAUUAUUUUGUUACUGAACUGCACAAUAAUUUGUUUUAAUAUUGUUCAAAAGAAAAUAAAGAUCUUUCA